CCGUCGUUGCUGCUACUGCACAUGCGCACUCUGUCUACGUCUACGUGAUGACGUCUCUGCCGUGCGCCGGAUGUUCUGCUACAACGUGUUGAAGUUAAUUUCACGUGUAGACGAUUUCAAUCCCGCAGUUUACUGUCAGAACCGGGAUCAGAUUUAACGUUUGGAGUUAUGGGUCGGAAGUUGGAUCCCACCAACAAGGUGAAGAGAGGUCCGGGGAAGAAGGCCCGGAAGCAGCAGGGAGCAGAGACAGAGCUGGCAAAGUUCCUCACUGAUGAAGAAACUGGACCCAAACGUCUGUCAAGCCGUGGCAGGAAAAGAGCUGCAAAGAGAAUCCAGAAGUCUGCAGAAGUUACUGAGAAACAGCCCAAGAAAGGAUUCACCGAUGAAAACAGUAAAUGGCUGAAACCAGCAAAGAGAAAGCGCAAAGUGGACGAACCUGAAAACGAGGAUGACAGCAAUGAACACUGGGAGGAAGAGGAUGAAGAAGAGGAGGAGGAACAGGAGCUGCUGCAGAAGAAGAAAGACCAGGGGAAGAAGAGUGGAAAACUAGCGGAGAAGGAGGUGGAAGAAGAAGACGAGGAGGAGGAGGAGGACGAUGACGACGAAGAAAUGGUUGAUGACUACGGAACAGUUGAUGACAGAGAUGAAGAAGCAGCAGAAGAAGGAGAAGAAGAAGACAGUGAUGGAGAAGAUCUUCUUCCUAUCGAACGUGCAGCGAAGAAAGACAAGAAGCUGAAAGAAGCUCUGGAUCUAGAGAGCGAUGAGGACGACGACGAGGAAGAAGAUGAUGAAGAGGAGCAGAAAUCAGAUGCCGAAAUGGACGAGGACGACACGAUACAAACCAACACAGACGAAGGAGAGAGAUUCAGACUACCAGGAGCAGAAGAGAGCGAGAUGGAGGGCGUCACUCCUCUGGACCUGAAGUCGAUCCAUCAGAGGAUCAAAGACAACAUCGACGUUCUGUGUAACUUCUCCACCAAGAGAGAACCGGGGAAGGACAGAACCGAGUACAUCAGUCUGCUGAAGAAAGAUCUGUGCACCUACUACAGCUACAACAGCUUCCUGAUGGAGAAGUUCAUGGACCUGUUUCCUCUGUCAGAGCUGGUCGAUUUCCUGGAAGCCAAUGAAAUCCACCGACCCGUCACCAUUCGGACCAACACGCUGAAGACGAGGAGGAGAGACCUGGCUCAGGCUCUGAUCAACAGAGGAGUAAAUCUGGAUCCGCUGGGAAAAUGGUCUAAAGUAGGUUUAGUCAUCUACGACUCCUCAGUGCCCAUUGGUGCGACUCCAGAGUACCUGGCCGGUCAGUACAUGCUGCAGGGAGCCUCCAGCUUCCUGCCUGUCAUGGCUCUGUCUCCUCAGGAGGGGGAGUUAGUCCUGGACAUGAGUUCAGCUCCAGGAGGGAAAACCACCUACAUUGCUCAGCUGAUGAGGAACACCGGAGUGAUCGUGGCCAAUGACGCCAACGCUGACAGACUGAAGAGCGUUGUGGGAAACAUCCACCGUCUGGGCGUCACCAACACCGUGGUCAGCAACUACGACGGCCGGCAGUUCCCCAAGGUGAUGGGAGGCUUCGACAGAGUUCUGCUGGACGCUCCGUGUUCUGGUACCGGAGUCAUCGCCAAAGAUCCGGCUGUGAAGACCAGUAAGGACGAAGCCGACAUCAGACGAUCGGCUCACCUGCAGAAAGAACUGAUCCUGGCGGCCAUCGACUCCGUGAACGCCGAGUCGUCUACAGGAGGAUACCUGGUCUACUGCACAUGCUCAAUAACGGUGGAGGAGAAUGAAUGUGUGGUCGAUUAUGCUCUGAAGAAAAGGAACGUCAAACUGGUUCCCACAGGUCUGGACUUCGGCACAGAAGGUUUCACCAGAUUCAGAGAACGUAAAUUCCAUCCAUCUCUGAAGCUCUCGCGGCGGUUUUACCCUCAUUCUCACAACAUGGACGGGUUCUUCGUGGCCAAACUGAAGAAGUUCUCUAACGUGAUUCCAACAGCAGCAGCAGGAAAAGAAGACGACGCCGCAGAAGCUCCAGAGGCAACGGCAGCUUUAAACCCUCCUGAAGAGAAACCAACUCAGAGCAACAAGAUGAAGAAGACAGAAGCCAAAGAGGCGACAGACUCACCGCAGAAAACCAACGGAACCGCAAACAUCAAGACGAAAGGCAAAAAGGACUCGAGGACCGGACCGAAGAAGGCGAAGCUGGACGGAGAGACGGUGAAGGAAUCUGAGAAGCCUGCAGAGAAGAAGACGCUUCACAAAACUGCCAGACUAGAGAAGAAGAAAGGAAAAACAGCCACAAAGACCAAGAACAGGAUGGGAAAGAACAAGUUCAAGAAGCUGAAGCACAUGUUGACCAAACACGACAGGGAGUGACGCCUUCGGAUGUAAUAGAUUACAUGAGAGCUUAGUUACAGAUACAUGUGAUGAGCCUGUUUUUUUAAUUUGUGUUACUAAAUAUUCAUCAUGUUUGUCUCUUGAUUAUUUCAGUUUGAAACGAUUUCCAUAAAUCUGUAAAAUAUAAUAAAUCUUUUAAGGGA